AUGGCGCAAGUCAAUACAGUCUGGGUCAGGUUUUCGGCAGUUGAUGCGCCAAAAGAGAAUGGUUUGUCCAGAUUACCUGCGCAAUCCGGUAGGCUUCAGUCUUCAACCAAGCCAGGUUUGACGCAGCAGGGCAACAUUCCUGAGGUUCUAGUGGCGACCACCGCUGCACAUCUUGCGGAAAGAGGACUGAAAACCAGGGUGCUGUUCACCGGAGCCUCUAGGACAGGUUCAGCGAGGUUACAUCAAGUUGGCUCCCUUUCACUUGAUCCCAUGCUAUCACAGCAGCGGUCAGGACUCGCAGGGCGGCUAUGGCUGGGUACCGCCGUUGAAUCUUGCCUGCCGAUCACAAUGCGUCAAGAGGAUAGGCGAUCUGCUGCGCCGCCAACAUCCUUGCCUGGUCGAUACUCCGUCCUCAAUGCGGUGAACCACCCGUCACUUAACGACACCCAAAUGGCACCGAAUACGAUUGCAAUCUGCGGCAUGAUGAUCACGCAGACAGCGCAAGACCGCGGCACAGUCCAGCGGCAAUCUAUCACAUCCCGGCCAUGGGCCGGAGUCACAGCCGCUCCCUCCAAUCAUACUCCUUCUCUUUCUAGUAGCAAACCGAAGCUGACGCCAUCCUGCAAUAGCGGUUCCGAGCUCUCGGGUCCAGGUUCUGCGCCAGCACGCCCUUCAGCAUUGUUACAUCAUCUCAUCUCAUCUCAAAAGACGUUUCCAUACUCGGUGACGGUUGAGGACAAUGCUUGCCAAGAGGGCUACAACAUGUUUGGCAGCAGACUGUGGAAGCCUUUGAUGGGCUCAAUACCUGGCCAAAAUUUAAAAAGCCCUCUACCGGCUCCUUUGAGGCUGGCCGAGAAUCAUUCGUCACGGAUCCAAAAGCUGUCCAACGAUGACGAGCUGUGGUAUAGCUGUGGUAUCAGACCACCAACCAUUCGACGCGCGUGUCGCCCAUUUGUCGAAAGUGGAACCAUGCCUGUCGUGACAUGUCGGAGUACGGAUGCCCUGGCCGGUCUUGGUGCGCUGCAUGCGCAUCGAGGACCCUCAACGGGCCGUACCACGGCGUAUGUACACGUGUUUGAGGCUCGCAUGCGAAGUGCACUCAUCGAUAUAAUUGGGAACGGCGGGGCUCAAGAGGCCGGACGUGAAAAUCGCCAGUGGACCUCGACGAGAAGAACUCGACGAUCGGUGGCUCCAUGGGCCAUUCCACUAUCCACACCUCUCCAAGGGAUUUCCGUUGAUGAAGCGAACCUCAAACGGGCAGAGCGCUUGAGUAAACACGCGGCUACGAUUAUGCUCGCCGCUGCUCCAUUGGCCCCAUCAACCCAUAGGCCGGGUUUUGGAGAGGUCAUCACCUUCAAGGGUCCCAUGAUGGGCUCUCCGGUGAUUGCUCGAACCAAACUUUUCCCUUUCAUCGGAAAGCGGAAUACCGGCCACCUUGAGCCAUGGUUCACUUCACUCUCCGUCCCUCGGGUUAAUCUGGCCCAGGCUCUACGGAUACGUAGGUUUUCCAAUGUCCUGUGGCCGAUGAGAUCGAUUGUCUGCCCACGGCAAUCUGGCUGCUCCAUGGGCCCCUGGGCUCGACUCCCUUGGAUAGCCGAGCCGAGGGACGCGAGCUGGAGGUUUUGUGAGGUCAUCACUCCCGAGGACGAACCAUAUCGCCAUGGAGCAUUGGAGUCUGUAGAGUGGGGUGUUCAUGGAACGAACCGGUGGUUCGAUGUUUUGCUUGGGGCUAAGGGAUAUACUUGGGAUCAGUCAUCUAGACGAGAGAACACCUUCAAUAUCAAUCCUGUAAAACACUCUACGUACCCUUUCAGAUACUCAAGCACCACAUCUUGGGGUCUGUUCCUUGGGUCUUUGGCUGAGAUACUGCAUCUGGAGGCGAAUGGCUCGAAGCACCCCCUCCUCCUCCCAUCUUCUUUUGCUUUGAAGUCUAUAAUAUCUAGCCAUGCUGAGUUGAUGUUGGUGACCGACCACAUACGCAUCGAUGAUGUGCGGCAAAUCUGCCAUCUGGAGACACCUCUGGAUAAUUUGUGCCGGAGGAGGAGGCUGUGUGAAAAUGAGACUGAGACCGAGGGACAUGUCCAGCAGAGGAUAGACCUGACCGCCGCCAUCCGCAAGUGCGAGAUAGAGCACGCAAGAGGCUUUAACUCCCCGCCACGAGGAAUUAUCGAUCACACGUUGGCACUUCGAUCACCUCUAUGCCUCUCUCCUGUCUCACUCACCCAUGUCAUCUUGUCAAAACGCCGUCACAGGAGGAGGGAGUUGUUUUGGAAAGGAAGAAGCCGCAAGGGCAAGUUAGAUUCCCAAGACGGCACGGCACACUGCCGAAGUUUCUACAUGCUUGUAUAG